AUAUACAAAUAAGGAGGAAGAAAAUUAUGAAAAUUAGUUGAGAGCAGUACACAAAUGAUGUGAUGAUGAAUGAGGGAUGAGAGCAGAUAUAAUAAUCACACUGUUUAAAGCUGCAGACAGAAACAUCAGACUCAGGACAGAAACACACGACCUCUAAAAAAUGGAGCAAACUCUAUAUUUCAUUCUUCUUCUCAUUGCUCUCUGCUCCGUAUCUGAAUGUGUUCAGCGUCAGUAUCACUUUAUAAACGUGAUGAAGAACUGGACUGAAGCUCAGAGAUACUGCAGAGAGAAUUACACAGAUCUGGCCACCGUUGACAACAUGAACGACAUGAUUGAGCUGAACAAGAGUGUGAAUGAUGGACAUGCCUGGAUUGGGCUGCAGAGGACGGGUGUUGAUAAAUGGCAGUGGUCUUCAGGUGAUCCUGCGCUCUAUCUGAACUGGGGACCUGGACAACCUGAUGGCAGAGAUGAGUGUGGUUUUAUGAGAAAUGGACAAUGGCAUGAUUGGCCAUGCAGUAAAAGCCUGACUUUCAUCUGCAGUUCAUCUAACAACACGAACACAGGACUCGUCUUUGUUAAUCAGAUGAAGAAUUGGAGAGACGCUCAGAGUUACUGCAGACAGAAUCGCACUGAUCUGGUCAGUGUGAGGAACCAGAAUGAGAAUCAACAGGUUGAGAAGUUCAUUAGUGAUCAUCAGUUAUCUGGAUCAUGGAUCUGGAUCGGUCUGUUCAGAGACUCAUGGCAGUGGUCAGAUCAGAGUAACUCCUCAUUCAGAUACUGGUAUGCUGGUGAACCUAAUAAUGCUGGAGGUUAUGAAAACUGUGUAGCGAUUUAUCCAUACACUCAGGGACAAUGGAUAGACGUCUCUUGCAACAACCAAUAUCCUUUUGUGUGUCAUGAAGAUAAACUGAUUCUGAUCAAAGAGAAUCUGACGUGGUCUGAAGCUCUGAGAUACUGCAGACAGAAUCAUGUGGAUCUGGUCUCGGUUCAUUCAGAAGAGAUGCAGCGUCGUGUGAUGAAUGUGGUUAAACAGGCGUCUACUGAGGCGGUGUGGUUGGGUUUACACAACUACUGCAGCAUGAACAUGUGGCUCUGGGUGAGCGGAGACACCGUGUGCUAUCAGAACUGGGCUCCAGGGAACGGCACAGGAGAGGAAGAGUGUGAGCGUACAGUGAGAUCUGGAGCAGUUCAGUCUGGAGGAGAUCAGCGCUGGAUCAGCCGUCCUGAGACUGACAGACUCAACUUCAUCUGCAGCAGAUAUGAAGAGUGAAGGAUACGUUUGUGUUGUUCUUUUUUUCUUUUUUUUUUUUUAACUGGUAAACACUUGUAAUGUUUUCAUCAGAUAAUGUGCUUAUAUCAGUGUAAUGAAAUUAAUAUAAAAGUGUAAAAUACCAGUGUGCACUAUAUAUAUUUUAAAGACCCCAUGAAAUCAAAAUGAGUUUUCAUCUGUGGCUUUAAGCUACAUUUACUGUACAUUUCAAUUUUACAGUUGUUCUUUUCUGGAAAAACAACUCAAAAAUAUCUUCAACUCAGACUGUUCAAUCAAACGUACUUGCAGUUAAAUAGAAAGUAGAAAAUCAUGGUUCAAGUAUUUGGCAUAAAGCGUAUUGGAUAUUUAAAAGGAAAAUCAAAGUAAAGCACAAUCCACAUCAACUGAUUUCAUGGGAUCUUGGGAUUCUGGUGGUGUGGAUACUUUCUUCUACUCACUCCUGUUUUGCACUAGUCAUAUCUUUACUUGUUUAAAAGUGAUUGUGAGCAUCUAUAUGUGUCUCAAUGAAAUGAAAAUAUGGUUUAUUCUUAAAGAAAAACUGGAAUAAAUGGAGAGGGACAAAACAUGGAGGAGUGGUUCACUCACUGCAUUGAUAUAUAUAUAUAUAUAUAUAUAGGCCUCCUUGAUUAUAAUAAGAAUUUUCUUGGUGAAUUUUAUGAUUUUGAUUAUGGGUGAUUUUAAUAUCCAUGUCUGUUCUUGUAAACUCAUGACCAAAGAAUAGUUGAACUUAGUUGAUUCUUUUAUCUGAUCUCAGUGUGUCUCUGGACCUACACACGAUCAUGGACAUACACUUGACUUGGUGUUUUCUUUGGGGAUAAUGAUGAAUAUAUUUGUGUUGAAGAAACAGCUAUCUCAGACCAUAUGAUUAUUAGGUUUAAUCUGUAACAAAUGUUCUGUUAUCAGCCUCCAUUCUUGUCUCGUGUUAACUAUCUCUACACCUAAUGCGUUCUCAGCUGCUUUCAGUCCUACUGAGUUAUCUCUUCCUAUCGAGUCUACAACGUUGCCCUCUAUAGGACAUGAUGAACUGGUAAAUUCCUUUAAUAAUGUUUGUUCAGAGAUCUUGGAAAAUGUUGCACCUUUUAAAAUGAGAUAUCAAAUAAAUAAAAAUAAAAAUAAAAUGUGGGUGAGUAAUAAAUGAUCUUAAGCGGGUUUGUCAACAUAAUGAAUCUUUCUCAUUGCUUGAGUAAAUUUGACUUAAUUUCUUUAGCUCAGUUGAAAUAUAUUAUAUUGCAUUUAAAGCCGACUGCUUCACUUCAUGAUGUUCUCCCGUCACGACUGUUUAAAGAGGUUGUAGACACUAUUGGUUCUAGUAUUCUAUCGAUUAUUAACAGCAGCCACAUUUUACAGUUCCUACUGAA